AUGCUGAUUUGCAGGCGAAAAUCAUUUAGAAAUGAAUUGGAACUAUUUCAAGAGAGCGAGGGAAGUAUGGUGCGGUAUGUGUGUGGGGGUUUGUGCUUGGAGCCUUGUGUGUUUAUGAAGUGGAGAAUGUGGCCAGCAGCUAGUAGUAGUUUUCUAAAAGAGAAAAAGGGCAUUUGUGGGAAUGAUGCGAGUGAAUAUGCAGAUUCUUUGUGUCACGAAUGUGCCUUUAAGAAAAAGUUCUGGACAAGGACUGAUUACUGGUAUAUCAUUUCUCUAGAACCACUCCAGAAUCUGCAGUACAACGCAGGAGCCUUUUACACUCCCCUGCCUACUGACAGCUGGCUUCUGGCAGUAGUCAGUUGCAAUAUUCACCAAACCUUGGUGCUUUCUUGA